AUUUGCCUUUGUUUGGUUUUUGGUUAGGUGUAUUUCCAGAGCCCGAUAAGGACCCUGUGAUUCAGAUUGGCAACAUGGUGCAACGUCAGGGCGAAGCAGAACCUUUUUUACGCACUAUCUUCACCUUGGAGCAGUGUGCCCCUAUUCUGGGUGCCAAGGUUAAGUCUUAUAACAAGGAAAAAGAAAUGUUGGAGGAAUGGGCAAAGUUCUUACGAGAAGUAGAUCCGGACAUCAUCACAGGCUACAACAUCAACAAUUUUGAUUUCCCAUAUUUGAUAAACAGGGCAAAUCAUCUUAAAUCACAAAUGUUCUCCUUCCUCGGCAGAAUAAAAUCUAUUAGGUGU